CUUUCGUCUUCCUCAGCGACGAGGCGGAAGGGGGCGAUUAGGGCGGCGGCGAUCGGCGUUCAUCGAAGAUAGUGAGGGGCCGGCGGCAGUGGAUGCUCGCGAGAGGAUCUGAAGGGAGGCAAGGAGGGACCAGUCGUGGCACUUGAAGCGCAGCGAUGGCGCCGCGACUGCGGCGGAAAGGAGAACCUGCGCCCGUGUAUGGUUCUGGUAGUGACGAGUUCACAGUAGAGGUCCGACAUGGCGGGUUUUUUGUUGGGCAUGGCCAGUUGAGGAGCUAUGUGGAUGGGAAGGUUUCUUGGUUCGAUUAUUGUGAGUCAGAGACAUGGUCUCCUUUGUGGUUUGAUGAUUUCAUAGAGCAACUUGGAUAUGAGAUGACUGAAAGCAUGAGGAUUUACUGGCAGUUACCUGGGAAGGAUGUGGCUGAUGGAUUAAGAGUGAUUUCCAAUGACUCAGACACUAAUGUGAUGGUGUCAGUUGUAGAUAGGGUCAAGAACCUUGUGGUAUACUUUGAUCAUGAUGACAACAUUGCAGGCUUGGACUUUGAUGAUAUUGUAGUGAACCCAGUUGCUGAGUUGCCCAAGGUACUGAGCCCUCACAAGGUGCAGUAUGUUCCAAAGAAGGUGGAUGAGAAGCUACCAAAUUUUUACAGUGAUGUACCAACCACUAGUAGAGGCAUGGUAGAUGAUGAAGGAAGUGAUUCAAGUGGUGGUGGUGAUGACGGCAGUUCUGAAGACUCAGAUUUCGUGGACAGUGACUAUGAAAUUGAUGCAGAUGAUGAUGACUUAUUUGUUAAGAAUGUUGAUGUGGGGGUGAAUGAUGAGGGUGCAGCUGUGAAUGCAUCAUCAAGUCAAGGUGCUGAUGAUGAUAUUUGUAUAGAUGAGGACUGUUUGGAUCUUCCAGAUUCUGAGGAUGAAGGAUUAAGGUUCAAGUCUUGGUCUGCAGAGGACUUAAGUAAUCCAGUGUUCAAAUCAGGGAUGGUGUUUCCUUCAGUUGAGGUUUUGAGGAAGGCAAUCACUGAAUACAGUGUGAAGAAUAGGGUGCAGAUAAAGAUGCCAAGGAAUGAUAGAACUAGGAUAGAGGCUCACUGUGCUCCAGAAUGUCCAUGGAGGUUGUAUGCUUCCCAUGAUAGCAGGGCCAAAUGUUUCAUGGUCAAGACAUAUCAGAGUGAGCACAACUGUCAAAAGGAAUUUGUUUUGCAGAGAUGCACUUCCAAGUGGCUAGCAGAGAAGUACAUUGAGGUGUUCAGAAGUAAUGAUAAACUGAGUUUGGCAAACUUUGCAAAGGUUGUGCAGAGAGAAUGGAAUCUAACCCCAACUAGAACCAAGUUGGCAAGAGCUAGGCUUAUUGCUCUGAAGAAGGUCCACGGAGAUGAGGAAGAGCAGUACAACCAGUUAUGGGAUUAUGGGCAAGAGCUAAGGAGAAGUAAUCCUGGGACAUCUUUCUAUCUCAAUGUAGUGUCUAAUCAUUUCAGCACCUGCUAUUUUUCAUUGGAUGCAUCCAAAAGAGGAUUUCUAAGUGCAUGCAGGCCCUUGAUAUGCUUGGAUGGGUGCCACAUAAAGACCAGAACUGGAGGAAUUCUAUUGACUGCAGUAGGUAUUGAUCCUAAUGACUGUAUAUAUCCCAUUGCAAUGGCUGUGGUUGAGGUAGAGUGCAAGGACUCAUGGCUGUGGUUCUUGAAUACAUUGAAGAGUGAUCUUGGAAUUGAGAGCACUUAUCCUUGGACUGUAAUGACUGAUAAACAAAAGGGUUUGAUCCCUGCUGUGGAGCAAGUCUUUCCAGAAGCAGAACAUAGGUUCUGUGUUAGGCACUUAUACUCCAAUUUCCAGCAGCACUUCAAGGGAGAGACACUGAAGAAUCAGCUAUGGAUGUGUGCAAGAUCAACCACUGUGAUGGAUUGGAACACAAACAUGGACCAAAUGAAGACAUUAAAUGCAGCUGCCUACACAUGGUUAGAGAAGAUGCCACCAAACACAUGGGUAAAGGCCUUCUUCUCUGAGUUCCCUAAAUGUGAUAUCUUGUUGAACAACAGUUGUGAGGUGUUCAACAGAUACAUACUGGAAGCAAGGGAAUUGCCUAUACUCUCUAUGUUUGAGAAGAUCAAGUGUCAAAUGAUGACUAGGAUUGUGAACAAGCAAAAAGAGAUGGCAGAAAAGUUCCAAGGUCCCCUGUGCCCCAAAAUUAGAAAGAAAAUUCUGAAGAGGUCUGAAUGGGCCAACUUGUGUUAUGCACUGCCUGCUGGCCAGAGUGUGUUUCAAGUAAAUGAGAGGGAGAAUCAGUACAUUGUUGAAUUGGCCACCCAACACUGUGAUUGUAUAAGGUGGGACCUAACUGGGAUACCAUGUAACCAUGCUAUAGCUGCCUUAAGACAUGAGAGAAUUCCAGCUGAAUCAGUUGUACCAAGUUGCUAUUCUGUAGAGAGUUUCAGAAAAGCGUAUGAGUUCAACAUUUGGCCAUGCAGAGACAAGAGAGAGUGGGAGCAUGUUAAUGGGCCACAAGUUCUAGCUCCAAUCUAUGAGAAGAAAGUUGGGAGGCCCAAGAAGUCAAGGAGAAAGCAACCUCAUGAGGUCCAAGGAAAACAUGGGCCUAAAAUGACAAAGCAUAGAGUGGUGAUGCAUUGUAGGUACUGUCAGUCCGAUCAACACAACCAGGCAACAUGUGAAAUAAAGAAGCUAGGCUUGAGACCCAAACAACCAGCAAGAAGGAAGGCCCAAACAGUCCAGGAGGAAGGCAAUGCAACAUGUGACAUGAUAAGUCUCAAUGAGUCAGACAACAUGUGUAACCACAUAUCUUCUGAUUAUCUUCUAAUUCUGUGCAGGAGGACAUCCAGCAAGAAGUAGGUAGUUCCCAACUUAUGUCACAACUUAGUUCAACAAUGAUGAGCCAGAUGACUGCUGAAGGAUCACAAUCCAGCAGGCUUCUUCUGCAUCAUGGACCAUUACCUGAUUCUGAAUUUGUUCAGAACAACCGUCCAAGGGCCAGACCUGGAGUCCCAUUAACAACAUCAACCAAGGCUGGGAGGCAGGCUGCAGCAGCAAAGAAAGGGAAGGCCUCGAAGAAAAACUGUCAAACUGGUGGAGAUGGACAGGAAUCAUCCAAACAAAGGAAGGCAGCCAAGACAAAAACCAAGAUUGGUGGAGAUGGACAGGCACCAACUAAGAAGAGGAAGCUAGCCAAGAAGUAGACCUAGCUUACAGCAUCUGUGACCAGCUCAAAUCUUUUGUGACCUUUUGUGGUUUGUCUAACCUGCUGUCGUGGUUGUACAGCAAAACAUUAGGCUGUGAACUCUAGUUUCUGUGAAAUGCUUGUGAACUAGUUUAUGAGAAAUGGCUGUGAA